AUGGCGCUGUCUUAUCAUCAUCUUCUACCUCAUCUCCAAUGCACCAAAACGGUGCGUCUCACCGUGAAGUCCCAGACCCCAACGGAGCCGUCGCCGGAGGUCCCAGCGAAGAAACCCAGUUCGCAAGGCUUGGGAUUCGGGUCGUCGGCGAGUUCUGGGAGCAAUUCGAGUGUGAGUUCGAAGCAGAAGAAGGGAGGGAGGGCUUCGAUUAUACGGCGGUCGCCGGUGGAGAAGCCGGUGCUGUUUAGCGAAGUAGAAGAGGCGAAGGCGAAGGAGAUGGGGAGUAAUGAGAGUGCUUUUGUUGUGGCUUGGUUGGGGCUUGGUGGUGUGAUUCUUGUUGAGGGUCUUGCUCUUGCUACUUCGGGCUUCCUUCCAGAUGAGUGGGAUAAAUUGUUUGUGAAGUAUUUAUAUCCAUCUUUUACACCAACAGUCCUCUUGUUUAUUGCUGGAACAACUGCAUAUGGAGUAAUAAAGUACCUGCAGAAUGAGGAACUUAAAGGUCAGAAAUGAUCUUUACUUAGUAUAGAGA